UGAUUCGAGAGGAACUCCAAUACACCCUGUACCAAGUCGGUGUGGAAAAUCGUUCUGGCAUGCGAACGGGUGGAGUUUGUCGCACAGUAUGCAUUUCGAUUCAAAGGGACGUCAGCUUUCGUGUCGGUCGCAGUGUAGAGCUGAAGCUGACUAGUAUCAAUGCUCUUCAGGAUUAGCAUUCUUCUCCGAUAUUGACUCAUUACAAUAGUGAACUUUCGUUUCUUUAAGCAAAUAAGAACAUUUACAGUUUGUGUGUUUCAGCAAAAAAUAAGACUCUUAAUCCACGAGUUAUUGCAGAAAAAAAGUGAAAGCCAAUAUUAUAACACAAGUGGGGUAGUGUUCGAGUGAAAGUCAAAAAGUGUUCGUAAAUUGCGUUCUUUGAUUUAUACGCCAGCAGCAAAAACAGAACAGUGGACUUCCAAUUUAUUGCGGCUUCGUACAGGACAAGAAGUCUAGAAGCGAAACUAGAACAUCGCGGUGCCUUGCUCAACGUAUAUGUAUUUGUUCGAUUCAGUCCGUCGUAUCCCGUGGAAGGUAUCGAGGUGAGGAAAACCUGAAUAAGCAUAUUCUGAACGUCAUUGGAUUUUAUGAGCGAAUAAAAGCGUGGUGAAGGAUGCGCGGUGCGGCCACAACCGUGGAGUUGCUUACUUUUCUUCCCUUCCAAGUUUCGUGCGAACGCCAAUGCUGCGGGUUGGGCGUGAAGAAAAUCUCGUUAAGUGAAUAAACAUCGCUCCAUAUUGUACCCGGGGGUGGAAACAGUACUAUGUGGGAGGAAUAGGCGUGGAACGUGCUGUACGAUUACAGAAACGAAUGCGUUCUGGGUGAACGACUCCCUCUUGACCGUUAUUUAGUACUGCUUCUGGUUUGUGCAGUAUAUGUUUGGGAGAAAGCGGAAACUAUCAGACAUUGGCACUUACCGCUGGCGCCUGUGCUCAGUUGACUUGCCUGACGGGAAGCGGAAGUUUACUGCUGGGAAUUUGUAGCUGUAACUAACUAUGUAAUGCUUUAUGAACCCCGUUAGAUCGUUUGAUACGUCGUUGUCAUAAAAUUAAAGAAUUUAUUGGCUCUUUUGCAUACAAGUUCUCCUGUCAUAGACGUAAUUUGAAACGAGUGGAGUCGAUUAUGAUAUAAUUCCUUAUACGCUCGGUGCUCUGAACCUGUGAAAAUCUAGGCCGGAUGUCUAUCUCCAAGUAUUCCACAAGUGGCAUGAGCCCCGAGCAGUGAUUGUGAACUGUGAGAGUUGUGUACCGGCAGAAAAGACCUGUUACCUUCGUGCUAUCCCAUUAUCAAUCACGCUAAAUUGUUGCUAACUGACAGAAAUUAGUGACUGCUAACGAGUAAUGUGUUUUUAGAAGGCGUGGUACGUUAAGACGCUCUUCGUGUGGUUUGAAAUUGAAAUGAAUAUUUCAACUUCUGGCAACUCAAAAGAAUUUAAAACAUCUGAGGAAACCUGUUGACCAGUGGAGCUGGCAUUUGAUCGGUUAUUUAUGAAUAUUCAACAUUAAAUAAAAAGUAGAAAGAGCCAUGAAUUACCAUUCGAAAAUAUCAAAUGUUUUUUGACGAACGCCCGGUAGAUGGUAAGCGCCGUGUCUUGCUCACUUUUGAAUGUUGUCGGGUGAAAUUUUAAUCCGAUCGCCGUUGAGCGUGGUGCUACUACCGCCACCCUCAUUGAUUGAAUUUUGUAGAACUAUGGCAGCUCUCGCCACGCUCGCCAAUCAGCAAAAUAUCGAUGAUGACGACAUUUUCUUAGACUUUUGCUUUUGGAACCACGAGAAAGCAGUUCGGUCAUCACCGAGAACGGCUUACUAAGCUACGAAAAUCCUAACUAUCACAUGGAUCCGUUGCGAAUGGAACGCAACUCACACCUGUACGAGGAGAUUAUCUCUGAAUUGCAGCAGCAAGGAACACUGCGGCCCGCUGGGGCAGUAAAUUUAGUACGUGAUCCGAACCAGAUGCUCGGUACUAAUCGAAAGGGAUACCUGGAUAUUGGUACCAUGGGUGUCGAUUGCAAGGAAGUUGAUGGAUCACCCAAACAUAAGCAGAAACUACUAGACGGAUCACCCAACGAAUCAGAAACACAAAAGGACGAAGUGUCGGAAAAAGAGGAUAAAACUGAAGGGGAAAUCAAACAUAUAGCCGGAACACUGAAUGCGGAAGAUUUAUACGCGCUGCCAAAUAAAAGAAAAGACGAAGUUGGUGAAAUCGCUCCGGAAGACGACGUAAACGAGGACGAAGAUGACGAUAAGGACAAACAGGAAGAAAUUGAAGGAAUAGAGGACAAGGACGAAACGAAGGAUUUGCCCCCUGGUUGGGAGAAACACGAAGAUAAUGGAGGGCCAUACUAUUGGCACAUUAAAUCAGGAACAAUCCAACGGGAGCCACCGGUUUGGCCGAAGGAACCACCGAAAGAGCUUAGUAAAACUGCAGCUAUUCCAACGCCCCGAUGCAUACAGAAUUCUAUGUUUUCGCAAACAUUGGCCAAUCUCUACGGUACACCGAAGCCGGAAACAAGUUCGGCUUCGUCCAGCAGCGGUAGACUACAUGAAAGUAUCACAUCCGUCACACGUAGCAGCACAAGCUCUGCUCUAGACCAGGAAGAUGAACGCCGACGGAGGGAGGACAUAGCGUUGAAACGUCGGAGUUUUCCGCUCAAAUCGGACACGGAUCGACCGAUCCGUUUCGCGGUUCGAUCGCUAGGCUGGGUGGAAAUCGCAGAAGAAGAUCUUACACCGGAACGAUCUUCCAAAGCGGUCAAUAAGUGUAUAGUGGAUCUAUCGCUUGGCCGAAAUGAACUGCUGGACGUUGUCGGCAGAUGGGGUGAUGGGAAGGACUUGUUUAUGGACUUGGAUGAAGGUGCUUUAAAACUAAUUGAUCCGGAAUCGCUGACAAUACUAAACUCGCAGCCGAUUCACACGAUACGUGUGUGGGGUGUUGGCAGAGAUAACGGAAGGGACUUUGCUUACGUCGCCCGAGAUCGACUUACCCGGAUUCACAUGUGUCACGUAUUUCGGUGUGAUACAGCGGCCAGAACGAUUGCUAAUACGCUUAGAGAUAUCUGCAAACGGAUAAUGAUUGAACGUUCCCUCCAGCUCGAUGCCAACUGUUCUAGCUCGAGCAGUUCUCGCUGUGCAAUUCGUCCUACUGAUCUACCGACCGAGAACCGCCGAUGGAUUAGACAUCCGGCAUCCUUUCCAACACCGAUGGAAGAACCGAAAAAGGUGCUCAAAGCGCAGUACAUCGGUUCGACUGAGGUAAACCAACCGACGGGAAUCGAUGUUUUGAACGACGCUAUCGACAAGGUGUUGACCGGAAGCAGUGUCGAGAGCUGGGACAAUGUCAAUGUGUCGGUGGCACCGAGCACGAUUAGUGUUAACACUUCGGACCCAGAAGCGCGUCUGCUGUGUGAGUGUCGAGUGCGAUACCUAAGCUUUCUAGGUAUUGGAAAGAACGUGAAAUGUUGUGCAUUUAUCAUGCACACCGCACAGGAUAAAUUUCUGGCACACGUUUUUCAUUGUGAACCAUCCAGUGGUGCAUUAUGUAAGACGAUAGAGGCAGCCUGCAAGCUUCGUUAUCAGAAAUGUCUAGAUGCUCAUCCGGAAGGUAGUGGCCGUUAUUCAGCCGACUCACACACGCCAGGAAAAGGAAUUGGAGCGACUUUAAAAAACUUGAUGAGCUCGUUCUCACUUAAAAAGGACAAGGCCAGUUCCUGAGAACGAGCGAAGUCACUGCAGUAAAUCAAGCCCCCGAUUGUAAUUUAGGAAAUCUGGUCACUUGCCCCUGAGCGGGAGGUCAUCCCACAUCGGCACCUGCAGUCGCCGUUGAUAAAUAAAAAAAUCUUCGAGUAUCCCAGCAGCCAGUAGCAUAUGAUGCUAUCUGCGGGCUGGCGAAAAACAGCACUCACCACCAGCACUAGCCGCAAGUCACCCUUAUCUUCGCAUUCCUUUGCAUCGGACCCAUCCCCGGCGCUCUCGUCGGAGACGUUCCUCGUCAUGACGAUGACGACAACGACGAAUGUGCCGUCCAUUAGCAGUAAAUGUAGCAACCAUUAUGACACAGCAGCAGCCACCGCAUCAAAAGCAAACAACUACGGCUAAAAGCAGUAAUCAACCUGCUACUAUCACCUAUUGUAAACUUAGUUGUAAUAGGGACGACACUAAAGAUAGUAUUACCACCAACUACAGAGAAAAUCCGCUGUUACCGUAAUCAGCGGAUGCGCUAUCAAAAGGUCAAAAGCAUCAACGGCUGGUAACGCUAACUCCAAACGUUCUUGAUGGAGAGCCAGUGAACUAUGGUGGCUACAGCUACUAAAAUAUGCUGAAUAGUAUGAUCGAAAAGCGCUUAUAAUUGCCAGUUGUCUAGCUGUUCAAUGUGACUUAACGAAGAAUAAGAUUACUAUGACGAUAGGAGUAACGCAGCAUGUAAAGAUUGACUCAUUUGAAAUGGAGUAUUUUUUUUUUGGUUUGCUACUGGUUGAAAACAGAAUGAUUAGAUCCCUUGACGGUUGAUAACGAUAAUUAAUAUUUGAAAUAUUGAUAUCGUUAUGUUGGAAAACUAUGUGGAAAUACUUCAAACACCUAUUUUCAUCUCUGCUCAUAAAUCAUCAGUGGAUGAUUCGUUUCCCACUCACAAAAGUUAUCCAAUUUGAGAUAAGUAAAGCCCAAUUAGCACGAAAUUCACUGAAUUUCGCGAUUCUGUAACGGUUCUACCUGCGAUUAAAUUUUUGUUCCUUUAUAAACAAAUGCGGUGUUAUAUGAAAACCCAAAACAGCAGCCGAAAUUAGCUACAGCUGAGCUUUUCUUAUGGGUAAACUAAAAAUAUUGAUGGACGGCGCUGAAGAAUAAAACAAACCGUAACCGUCAUUAGCUAGCAGCACCGGUUUUUUUGAAAGUAAAGAUUGAUUGUCGCCCGUUUAUUCUGAAUGUGAAUUAUUUAUCCAGACAGCGGUUAGUUUUAUUUGAUACAGGUCAGAAACGGUGGAAUCACGCAGAUUACAAUUGUUUCUUCCUGGCAUUAAGGUGAAAUGGCGUUGAAGCCACAAAUGGUCGACAUCGAGCCACCAUUUCGAAUUUGCAAAGGCACAAGACUCGAUUAAUGCCUGUGAAAACGCUAUUUUAUAUUCGCUGUGCUUUUGAAAAUUCUUUUUGCGGUAUUCAGUAAAAGUACAAAAAAAGGUGAGUUACUGAAGUUUCGGCAAUUAUGUACGUUCAAAUCGCCCAAAUUGAUUGUUGCUUUUCGUUUACGUUUUGGGUUUUUACCAUUUCCAGGAUUAGCUGAAAAUAAUUUCGUUGUCGAGGAGAAAAUUAAAAAAAAAAUCGCGUUCGCCCGUCGAUCCGGAGAUUGCGAUUAUUUUUUACCCACUUUUUAAUCCUGUUUAGGGUGAUGUUGUGUGAUUGUGUUUUAACUUCAUCUAAUUUGAUAAAGUUUUCAACCAGAGAGAUAACAUAUCCCAACACUCCAAAAAGUUGUCUUGGUUUGGAAGUCUACGUCAGAACCAAAAGAAGAUCAUCAGAUAUUAGUGGUUACUUUAUAUGCUAUUAUUUUUGUUUCACUGAUUCGACAAUGCAAAAAAAUAUACUAUUCGAAAAGCAGGCAGUAAUUCAUUCACUGUCAGUUAGAGAGCGCAAACAGUAACGCCCUUCAAUUGAGUUUGCUGUGAAAAAGAUGUACACCAAAAAAACAACUUUUCCAACUAUGAAACAAAAAAUUAGUGUUGCAGCAACAGCAAGUCAUAAAUCAUAUACAGUUGACAAAGUAAACAAAAUCAAGCAGGAAAACAAUGCAUUCACGUCAUCAUCUUCAAGCAGUUUAAUGUAAAUAUAAAGAAAAUACUCAAAAAAAAAUUUCUUGCCUUCGAAACGAACAAAAAAUUAUGUAUGCAAACAAAAAUAUCUGACAAGAAAUUAUCUAGCUGAAACAAAAAGGUAUAUUUAUAACAAAAAAACAUAUUAUUUUUUAUCUAGGAGCUUUUUGUGACAAAACUAAGAAAACUGAGCGAACAAACUUUGAAUGUGAACCUCGAGAAAUGCUAUUUAUAUUUCGCCAAAGGGAGGUGCAAUGCUAAAGCUAGUGGUAAUUCCAAGCAAUUGCUUAAUUGGACGAAAGCCUGGUUCUGUUUCCUUAUUUCGAGCGGAGCGAAGUGCAGCAUUAGUUGACUGGAACAACAAUUGAGCAAGCGCGGGAUGGAAACAAUGUGGUGUUUUGCAAACAACAACAAAAAAAUUAAAAUAAAACAAAACGUAAGAAAUCUCUGAAAACCGCAAUGUUAGAUAUAAUAACCCUAGGACAUCCAGUGAAACAAGCAUAAACGAACAAGCGUAAAGCAUAACAUAUACUUACAAUAAACUAUCUACGGCUUGCUUUUUGCACUUGUGCACAACUAUAAUCAAAGUAACAGCAAAGAUAUUACCUAAGAAAAAUGGUUAAACCAAUCAUAAUUAUUGCUGCUACAGAAACAGGCUUGAAGUAAAAUGAUAAGCGCUAAAAGCUUAUGUGAGCUAGAAUGAAUGGCACUGCUUUGUCGCUAGGAUAAAUAUAUACCAGCUGAUUGGUGAAUGCGCUGGAAACAGUUUAGAGUAAUUUGUAAACUUUCUUUCUAAAAAAAACUUGUCACGCCGAGCUGUAGAUCGGCUAAGCGUGUUACUGUUUUGCAAACAGUUCAAGACACUAUUUCGAUCUCAUUCUCGUAAAAUGUGACAGAUCUAGUCAGAACACUGUUUCCGGCGAGUCAAUUUACGAUGACACGUGGUCACUGCUUCUUAACAAGUCCAUGGAAAAGCAGUGGAGCGACCAAAGAUUGUAACAGAAACUAUAACAUAGAAGCGUGGAAUGACUGCAUCGCUUUCGAUUAUAAUGUAAAAUUGUAAAAAAAAAAAAACGGAAACUGAAAAAUAGA